ACUAUCUCAUCAGUCGCCUUCUUCACUCACCAAAAGCCAAGCGAAGCAGCUAGAGCUAGCGUUACACAGGCAAGGCAAGCAGCGGCGGCGCCGCCCGGUCGGUUGUUAGAGCUAGGGAGCCAUGGCGUUCAUGCGGUACCGGGCGCUGCCGCAGGGGGAGCCGACGGUGGAGGAGUUCCGGGCGUGGCUGGCGCAGUUCGACGCCGACAGCGACGGGCGGAUCAGCCGGGAGGAGCUCCAGCACGCGCUGCGGAGCCUCAACGUGUGGUUCGCGUGGUGGAAGGCGAGGGGCGGGGUGCGCGCCGCCGACGCCAACCACGACGGCGGCGUCGCCGGGGACGACGAGGUCGCCCGGCUCUUCGCCUUCGCGCAGAGGCACCUCAACGUCAAGAUCACCCAGCUCGGGUACUACUAGAUCACCGAUCUCAGGCGACGGCGGCGAUCAUCGUCGGCGUUGUGAGUGUAUUUGUAUGGGGGUGGAUGUGUUGUUACUUCUUUGUGUUUUUUACACUCCGAUGGAUGCAUGCCUUGUUUAAUUCUUAUAAAUGGUGUACGGAUGUUUUGCUUUCGCAAUGUUUCGUGUGGUAAUUAACUGUGUUUCCAGCAUCAGAAAUUUGUUGAGGAAUGUUACAAUGCAAGCAUGCAUGUGGCA